AUGACAAAGAACGAUGAACAUUUGAUGAAUCAAAGUCUAGGUAAAUAUAAAUACAUUUUUUUAAAUUUAAUUUAACAUAAUUUAAUACCAGUUGUUUGUAGAAACUCUGAGUUUAGAAGGUUCAGAAUCAUUCUAUAGUAUUGAACAGAAUCAAUUAAUUGGCAAAUUUAAUAAAGGUGCUAUUAUAGAAGAAUCUCUAGCAAAAGCUCUUAACGAAGAACUCAGGAGAAAAAUUAUCAAAUUAUCAUGUUCUCAAAAAGCUCAGUUUCAAAGUAAAUUUAUAAUUGAAAAUAGUAUUGAUAUUUUAUUUUGAAAAUGUAUAUGUUGUUUCCCUGAAAAUGUAGCUCCUGGUGUUUGUAGAAUAUGUUUACAAUCCGACUUGGACGAUUCGAAUAAAUGUCUUACUCCUUGCUCUUGUCGUGGAAGUAUGUCCAAAGUGCAUAGAAUUUGUUUGCAAACAUGGCUCACGGAAGUACAAUCUAACGAAUGUGAAAUCUGUAAAUUUAAAUACAAAACCAAGAAGAUCGCAAAGUAAUAAUAUCCGAUACGCAUUCCUAUUGACCAUAUUACGCGUUCACAAUUGUAAUCAAAUCCAACAUCAAUAAUACACUUAUACCAUUACCAGAUAUAUUACGAUCGGCUAUCAUAAUAUUACACAGAACUGUUUAAACGAAAUGCAAAAACCUGUUUACACAUUGAUUUACACCGAUUGUUCACAACCGUUGGAGUAUUUAACCGUGAGAACCGUAAAAUUAAAUCUCCACACGGACAAUAUAAUCUAAUAAAAUAGCCGAAUAAAACAAAAAUAUACUACAUGUUUAAUAUUAUACGAUAUGCCCAGCAGUAAAUUACGUACGAGGUCUGGCUAUUAAAUAACGAUACUGAUUAUGAAAAAUGGUUUUAUUUUGAAAAUUAUUCCACAACCAAAUGUUCCCCUUCAAUAUACUCUCCUCCUCUCUUCACACACCGUUUCAUUCGUUUCUUCCAUUGCUCGAGGCAGUGCUGGAAGUCUGUUUUCGUAAGACCAUUCAGGUGUUCCGCCGAUUUUUGUUUCACCUCUUCCAUCGACUCAAACCGGAUUCCUUUUAAGGCAGACUUUAUCGUCGGAAACAAGUAAAAGUCGCAGGGUGCCAAGUCGGGUGAGUAAGACGCGUGUUCGAGUACUGGAGUGCCUUAAGCGGCCAAAUAACGCUUCACAGACAGCGCGUUAUGGGCAAGUGCGCUAUCCUGGUGCAAGAUCCAUGACUUGUUUUUCCACAAUAUCGACCGUUUCUUACGAACUCAUUCGCGCAAUGCUGCCAAAACUGUCAAAUAGUAAUGUGGGUUCACAGUUUCACCCUCUGGAAUCCAUUCAAUCAUCACGAUGCCGUUGAUAUCGAAGAAAACGAUCAGCAUGGUUUUAAAUUUGGAUUACGACUGAAUUGGAUUCCGGUGCACUCUCGACCUUCGGAAAAUAAUUUAUGUCACUCAAAAACACGCGCCGAGAUAGGAAAUCCUCACUAUAGGCCUCUUUUAACAACUUACAGCACUCAGUUGGAGUUUUUUUUAGUUUAACGAGAAAAUUUUACGUUUAUCCGUUGCUCGUGUUUUUCGUCACACGUCGUUUUCGGCAAGAGAAAAAAACAUGUUCGUUUCUAAACGCUACAGAAAAAAUACUAAUGCACCAACAAAAACCCAAUUUCGUACUGGCAUAAUAGACACUUCCAGCUAACCAGCGCUGUAUUCGGUUUUCCCCUAACCUUUUUUGGACGCUCUCUGCGCGCGCAGUCUCGUUGUUUAAUAGCCAAACCUCGUAUCAUAUUAAAUUUGUUCAACUCAAUGUACAUAAUUAUGUGUGAAUUUCACAAUAUGCCUGCCCAAUAAUGUUAAUUACAAUCGUAUAAUUAUAACGCCGUAAGCAUUAAUAAUAGUAUGCACCGAAUGUGGAGGUGACAAUAAGGAAUAAUUCAUGGUACAUGAAGAGGUAUACACCUCUAUUUGUAUCUAUUUGUAUCAUGUAAGAGAUUAACGUGGAUAUUUCGCUUAUCAGAUAUUCGUUGAUUGGCUCAAUAAAAGCAUGGUUAUGCAGUAGUGAGAGACGAGAAGAAAUCAAGGAACUGGUACACGAUGGAUUUGUGUUAUUAAUUGUGGCUCCAACCCUGAUAUGCUUAUCGUACGUGGGAUUUUGCGUGACGGACAAUUUGCUGACCUCACAAAUACCGGUAAAUAUAUUAUUGUUGUUUGUGUUUUUUUCAUUCAAACGGGCAACACCCAAUUAAACGUAAAUGCAAUCGAAUUUAAUUGUGUACAGAUUGCUGAAUGUCCCAAUGGACUUUAACGGUUUUGCCCACGGAUGUUAUUAUAUCAUUGAUAUAUUAAUAUGUCAAAAUAUAAAAUAUCUGUGGUUGUAACCCCUCAGUGGCGUAUCCAUUAAAUACAACACUGCACCCUUUAGAACAAUAGGAUUCUGUUUUAUCGACAUAUCAAAUAUCCACGGCAUAAAUACAUUGCACGUUUGUACCAAUCAACUGGUGUGGGGUGGGAGGGCACAAUAUUAUGUUUUUAGACUUGUUGUUGCCAUUAGUCCUGAUUUCUCGAUUACGUCACGUUAAGUGUCAACUUCAGUAUUUAACUGGCAUAUAGAUAAUAAAUGAAUUACGUGUGAUUUUAAUAAUGUUAACAUAUACAUAUCGUCCGUUUUAGGAUACUGAUCCGCUGCUAAGUCGAGUUUUGGCAUUUACUGCAUGCACAACAAUAAUGUGUACAGAUUUUAUGGCUACAUUAUGGUCUUUUUGUCGAGCACAACAUCAUUUGGCGUGCUGGACUAAUUUCUAUAAUCGAAGUCAAGAAGUGAUUAUCGUCAUUGACCCGAAAUUUUCAGAAAACGAAAUAAAUUAA